AUGGCUCGUCAAAUAGCCGAUGGCAGAGAUCAAACCAAUGCGGGGGAACUUAUGGAAAACACAAGUCUCCCUUUCACCCCUCGAGUCAUGAAUUUUCCUCUCCCCGAUCAAUUCAAGAUGCCCCGAGUUAAUCUCUAUGAUGGCACCGGGGAUCCAACUGAACACAUGGAAGGUCUUCGUGCGCAUUUCAUUCUUCAUGGAACCCCAAACGCAAUUUCAUGUAGGGUUUUUCCCUUAACUUUAGCAGGUGUAGCUAAAGAUUGGUUCGGAAAACUUCCGGCCAAUUCAAUAGACGAUUUCAAGACUCUCGGGCGUCUCUUCUUGAGUCAGUUCUUGGCUACCCGGAAGAGGAAGAAGAAUCCGGCUUAUUUGUUGUCCCUUGUGCAGGGGAAGGAGGAGUCAUUAAAAGAGUUCAUGCUCAGAUUUAACCAGGAGAAGUUGAUGAUUGAAAACCCUCCUGAGCAGACAGUACUUGACGCUCUGAUGCAUGGAGUAAGGGCAGAAGGGCCUUUGAUGGCCGAGCUGUCAAAAAGUACCAAGUUAGUGACUCUCGGUCAGUUCAUAACAAAGGCUGAUGAGUACAUUAAUCAAGAAGAAACCGUCAAGGCUCUCAUGAAGAACCAGAAGGAAGAGCUCGAGGCCAAGGGCAAUAAGGAGAAGGUAGCGCCGGCAAGUGCUGUAAAGAAGGAGGAGAAGAAUGUGAAAAGGUCAGAGAAGGUGGCCCCAUCAUAUCCUAGAAUGGACCAUCGGAAAUUGCAGAGUGCGAAGUUCACUCCAUUGAAUACUAGCAUGACUGAGGUGUUCAUGGAGAUAAGGAGGGAUCCUGCCUUCAAAUGGCCAAGCAAGCUGAAGGGCGACCCUAAGAGGCGUGAUCCUCAGAAGUAUUGCGAGUACCAUCGCGAUCAUGGUCAUUUAACCGAGGAAUGCAUAACAUUGAGGCAAGAGAUUGAGAACCAUAUCAGAAACGGAAGGUUGGUGAAAUUCCUAGCAGGUGAGAGGAAUCAACGAAGAAAUGAAGAGCCUCCGCUACUGGAAGGAGUCCGAGAAGCACCUAGAAACCGAGGGGCAAGGCCGAGAGAAGAUCGGUAUGCUGAACCGAUGCAGGAUCAGUAG